AGCAUACCAAAAGUACUACGCGUAUGGAGUUUGCUAUCAAAUCACUUGCCCACUGGGUUAUCCCCACGCACGUGGUUUGAAUUGUCAAAAAGUAAACAACACGAAGAAAGUUUCUUUGCGAGGAAAAUCAUUGAGAAAUUGCUGUGAAAAUGUCCUUUUUCAUUCGUGGAAAAGCCGGUGGGAAAGCACCCGGAAAGCCUGCUGGGAAACCCGCCGGAAGAAUGAAGGAGAAGUUCAAGAAAAGUCUCCCACAAGGGGAUCAGAAACCUUUCAGUGGGAAAAGGAAGAAGUUUGAGGAUGAGGAAAUUGCGAGUGAUGAAGAAAUCCUGAGCAAUGAUGGAGAUCUUCCGGUUGGAAUGUCAUCGGAGGAUGAAGUGGAGACUCCACAGGAGAAACGUCUGCGCCUGGCUAAGAAGUAUCUCGAGGAGAUUGAGAAGGAAGAGCUGAAGCGUCAUGAAGAGAAGAAUUUGGAUGUGAAUGUGGACAAGAGAUUGGCCAAUGAGUACCUGGACAGUGUUGGGAAGUUGAGGCGCUAUGUGGCCAACACUUAUCUCGGGGUGGAUGAGCCACGAAUUGUGAAGCAUAAGAGCCAAAAGACGCCCAUUACGUGCCUUUGUCUCUCAAAGGAUGGGAAGAUUCUCUUUUCCGGAAGUAAAUCUCCGACAAUUGUUAAGUGGUGCGUGGAGGAGUGGCGCCCCCUGGGGGUGAUUAAUCUCCUGGAAGGUGUGAAGGAGGACAAGAAGAGAACAAAAGUCAGCGGAGUUUGCUUGGCCAUGACCAGCGAUGGGAAGUUCCUGGCAGUUGCGGAUGGAAGUUCAGGGAUUCGUGUUUAUUCCCCGGAUACACUGACCCCCAUUGGGGUACUCAGAGCUCACAGGAAACCAGUUACAGCUCUCGCUGCCCGGAGGGAUACCCAUGAAAUUUAUUCCGGAAGUGCCGAUAGGACGGUGAUUGUGUGGUCAUUGGAUGAGAUGGCCAAGAUUGAGAUCAUGUUUGGGCAUCAGGCAGCUGUAACAGAUCUCGAUGCCCUCACAAGGGAUCGCGCCAUCUCAUCCGGGGGCAAUGACUGCAGUAUCCGUGUAUGGAAGGUGUCUGAGGAGUCUCAACUUGUCUAUAAUGGCCACAGUGGGAACAUUGACAGCGUCCGGCUGAUAAAUGAGGAGAAUUUCUUGUCUUCCGGUGACGAUGGAUCCCUCUGCGUCUGGAGCACAAUGAAGAAGAAACCUCUCUGUACCCAAAGCCUAGCUCAUGGGAAGUCCCCAAUAAAUGGGGAACCUAAUUGGAUUUCUGCCAUUGCCACCCUCACAAAUACCGAGCUAGUGGCUUCCGGAUCAUGUGAUGGAUUCAUUCGUAUUUGGAAACUUGAAUCGCACUUCCGGAAAUGCGUUCAACUUAUGGAAAUCCCCAUGCCUGGCUUUAUCAAUGCCCUAACUUUUACACCUGAUGGGAAUUAUCUAAUUGCAGCCAUUGGGCAGGAGCAUCGCUUGGGGAGGUGGUGGAGAUUGCCAGAAGGGAAGAAUUGCAUAGCUAUAAUCCCUUUCCGGAGGAAAACUUAGGGGGAAAAUUCCCAAAAACUACCCUUAAAUUUUUAUAAUUUCCUUGAAGAGAAAUAAAGUGAGGUUAUGUACUCA